ACAAAGCCGGUAAACACGAGCUUAGGGGGCGUGGCCAUUGCUAGCUAUGGAUUCUAAUUAUUGCCCACUGUCCCCCAAGCAUGGCUGCUCUACUCGCUCGAUGGUGUCUUUACUCUAGCGCUGUGUACAAGCAAGAUUGUGUGAGGUGGGCGAGUAAGAAAGCUGGAGGGAGCACUCGCAAUGGCCGCAAGACGGCUGGUAGGAGACUAGGUCUUAAGUGUGGAGAUGGGGAGACUGUGAGAGCUGGGAACAUCAUCGUGCGUCAGAGAGGUACACGUUUCCACCCAGGAACUAAUGUGGGCAUGGGAAGGGACCACACAUUGUUUGCACUCUCUGAGGGUUGCGUACAGUACAGCCGAGUUGCUAGGAAACCACUGCCUCCAGUGAAAGGACAGAAAUGGAUUAAGAAGCCGUGGAGAAAGUUUGUGAAUGUUGUAGCAACUACCAAGACUCACCAACUAACUCUCACAAGCAUAGUACAACAUUCUGCAUUGUAAACAUCGAUCGAUCAGCAUUAAUAUUAUUGUAUUAUUGUCUGUUAUUACGUUGCUAGCCGACUUGUCAAUAAUACAAUUCUUGAGAAUUAACAGUGAA